CCAUCCGUUGCUGCAGGAAUGCGCCGAGGGGUCAGGUGCGCUCUUCAAUGCCACGUGGGAGCAGGGCGCGCUGACACGUGGCACUGUGAGGUGGACGCCUGCAAGCAACCGGUUCCUCCUGACUCACUGCGUGCGAGGGCAGAUCACCAAUCGUCUGCUCUGCCUGCGCAACCACAUGCUGCUCGCAGGCCUUCUCAACCGCACCCUCAUCAUCCCUUUCCACCGCUCUGAAACCAUCCUCAACUACGACCUGCACUUAGUGCUCGAUCUCGCUUAUCUCAGGUCGUGCAUCGGCCCCACCGUCUUCACCACUGCUGAGUUCAGGAGAAAAUUCAGGCGGCCUGUUCAGGUGUCUCAGGUGGUGUGUUGGCACGGCCCCCCUGGGGCAUGUGCGGAUCAGGUUGAUAACAUUCUGCUGCACUGCCCUGGCCUUGACGAGACGAGGCGAGAUGAUGGGAGCGGGAGCGUGCCAGUCUCCCACUCGCUCUUCCGCACUCCUCUCGUGCAUCUGCCUCCCAACACCACCACCCACGCUGCCUGCCUGCCCAUGCUCGCCUCUCCACAGCAGGUACUGCAUGCCUGGGGCAGCAACCCUGCGCCUGUGCUUGUGGUGGGGGCCCCACUCAACCUGCACGUCUCCCAUCUUCCAUCCGCAUUUUCCCCUCCCUUAAAUCCCGCACUGACCUGCCAGGUGCUGCGUGCCUGGGGCAGCAACCCCUCCCCCGUGCUUGUGGUGGGCGACCUGCUCAACCUGCACGUCUCUCACGCACAUGAAGGGACUUUAACAGGGGGCGCCACACAUGAGCCUCCUGCACAAGUGGAGGAAAACAUGGAUAGAGAAACGCCUCAGCAGUCCCCUGCUGAUGGAACCACCACCACCAUCACAGCACAGCAGCAGCCCUUUCUCGACCUGCCUUUCCGCCGCUCCGCCGCCUGCCCCUCGCCGCUCCUCCUGCGCCCGCGCCCCGCGCUGCUGGAGAGUGCUGAGCUGCUGGUGGGGCGGCUGUUUGGGGGGCGGCCGUUCCUGGCGCUACACUGGCGGCGGGGCGACUUCAAGCCCUGGUGCUUCUGGCGCGGGCCCAAACAUGCUUGCUUCUACCCCGUGCAUCAGGUGGCGCAUUGGGUGGUGGAGAGGGUGAGGGAGAGCGGCAUUCAAGAGCUGUUCCUUGCCACCAACGCCAAGCUCAAGGAGCUGCAGGAGCUCACCCGCAAUAUAGCUCGCAUCACUCCCACCAGCAUCACCUUCCACCGCCUUCCACCCCUCACCGGCACCCUGGAUAAACCCCCCGUUAUCUCAGAAACCGCUGCGAUGAAGGGUUGUCCCGUCAGGGAGCACUACUGA